UAAAAAGCUUUUUUGUAGACCGAACAGGAAAGAGGGACAGAGAGAAACAAAGAGUGUUUGAAAAAUGGGGAUCAACGCCGUCCUCGCUAAUUUCCAGCCUAAUUACCUCCUUUUCCCUUCUUCUAGCUCUUCCGUCUCCUCCACCGUCGUCGCCACCCCCACAUUUCUUCAUCGUUCCUCCUCACAGCAAACGCGUUUCUCUCCGCCGCUACUUCACAAACAGCAAGUUUUUGCAACUGCUUCGUGUCGUAACGUUAACGAAUCUAACUCUCCUUUUAAGAGUGCUGUUGUGUUAUCCGAUUCUUAUUGCACUGAAACAUCUGAAUUAGAUGAAAUAGACUGGGAGGAUCUUGGAUUUGGCUUUAUUUCUACUGAUUAUAUGUAUAUGAUGAAAUGUACUCAAGGUGGAAGCUUCUCCGAAGGUGAAUUACAAAGGUUUGGGAAUAUUGAAUUAAGCCCCUCAUCUGGUGUCUUAAAUUAUGGGCAGGGGUUAUUUGAAGGUCUGAAAGCCUACAGGACAGAAGAUGACACUAUUCUUCUUUUUCGUCCUGAGGAGAAUGCUCUUCGACUGAGGCAGGGAGCGGAGAGGAUGUGCAUGCCAUCACCCACUGUUGAGCAGUUUGUGGAAGCUGUAAAGGAAACUGUCUUAGCGAACAAACGUUGGGUUCCCCCACCAGGUAAAGGUUCCUUGUACAUCAGGCCAUUGCUCAUGGGGAGUGGAGCUGUCCUUGGUCUUGCACCUGCUCCUGAAUACACCUUUCUUAUUUAUGUCUCACCUGUGGGAAAUUAUUUUAAGGAAGGUGUUGCUCCAAUAAAUUUAAUUGUUGAACACGAACUGCAUCGUGCCACUCCUGGUGGCACUGGGGGUGUUAAAACUAUUGGGAAUUAUGCUGCGGUUCUGAUGGCGCAGUCUGCUGCAAAAGCCAAUGGAUAUUCUGAUGUCCUCUAUCUCGAUUGUGUUCACAAAAAGUAUCUGGAGGAAGUUUCCUCUUGCAACAUAUUUGUGGUGAAGGUAUUCGGUCAGCUUAUCUUUUGGUGGGAGUUCCUUGGGUUACUUCUUAAUGCUUAUCUGCUGAUGAUGCAGGUUGAGGAACGCCUUGUGGAAGUAGAUGAAUUGCUUGAUGCAGACGAAGUUUUCUGCACUGGGACAGCAGUGGUAGUGUCACCUGUUGGCAGCAUUACUUAUAAGGGUAAAAGGGUAUCAUAUGGAUUAGAUGGUUUUGGGCCUGUUUCACAACAACUUUACUCCAUGCUUACUCGAAUCCAGAUGGGUCUUAUAGAAGACGAGAUGAACUGGACUGUUGAGUUGAGUUGAGUUGAGUUAGUAAUACUGUAGUAACGUCUGGUUUGCCUUCUAUAAAAACAUCACCGCCUAAGGUAAAAUGUCCUUAUUUUCCUCCUCCAGUAGUAUGUAGACAGUUUUUCCUUUUUUGGGCAAUGUCGGUCAGAAUUUUCACUG